UGGACAUGGAAAAUGUGGUGAAAUUGGAAAGAUGUUAAAUCCAAAGUAUAUAUAAAUCUUUUUCUCUAUCAAUGAAAAAAGUCUCUCAGCUGUAAUAUCCUUCAACAUCUUAUUCCCAUUGAAAAGAAGCGUCACAUUUGAUUCACCUUUGCUCUCAAAUUCAUCUCGAUUACCUUCAAUAUCGUCCUUUGAUGUGAGAUCUUAAUCCUUUUUUAUUCUUACCCUUUCACCUUUUAACCACAACCUCCUAGUCUAGGCUUUUAUUCAAGUUAUAUAAUUAAUCUGAAGUCGUUCCUUCUAUUUAUCAAAACCAAUGGAAGUAAAAUGAAUUGAUCAAAAACAACAAAACUUCAAGCCAAGUGAUAAUGUUAACCUCAAUGUGAACAUGAAAACCAGAAAAGUGCUUUUAUAGUCUAACCAUUUGGUUUUUGUUUAAUAUUCCAGUUGUUUAUAUUUCUAUUGGUCUACUUAUUAUCGACUUGAUGAUUACCAACUGACUCAAUCUCAUCAUUUUUGUGCUACAAAACCAACUCUCAUUGUUAUUAAUCUGGAAAAGGGAAUUUUGGGUUAAAAGGGAAUAAAAAGUGUCUUUACAAUGUCAAUCUAUUUUCAUAUUGGGACACUUUUCACUUCUCUUAUUUAAUCCAAUUUUUCCCUUCAAUAUACACAAAUUUAUUGAUUACAAUUUUGUCUUUAUUCAAUCUUCCCAUCUAAUAUUACCGUAACAAACAAAUCAAUUUAUAAGUUUACAAGGAAAGAGUCCAUCAAGUGAACACAUAAAGUAAUAACAUCAAAAAUCUCAUCUCUAAUUGAAUGAGCAAUACUAAUCAUGACUAUAACCUAUUCACUAUCCGUUGCAAAUGCUCGUCUUACUGGUUUCAGUCGGUUACUGUUGAGAUGGAAAGGUUCAAUUUAUAAGCUUCUCUAUCGUGAAAUAGCAAUAUUUUGUGCUGCCUACUAUGGACUCAGCGGUACUUAUCGAUAUCUACUUUCUGAUUCCCAGCGAACACUUUUUGAAAAAUUAUCUUUAUAUUGUGAAGCUUUUACACAUUACAUUCCACUUUCAUUUGUCCUCGGUUUUUAUGUUACUUUGGUUGUUGGACGCUGGUGGCAGCAAUAUAUGCAAAUACCCUGGCCUGAUAAAAGCUUAAUGCUGAUCGCAGGCCACAUCCAUGGUACAGAUGAAAGAGGUCGAAUGAUAAGACGAACCUUAGCUCGCUACUUAUUACUAAUGCAAGUGUUUACCUGUCAGGCUGUUUCAAUUGCCAUUUUCAAGCGAUUCCCAACUCUUGAUCACAUUGAAGAUGCUGGAUUCAUUACACCAGAAGAGCGUGAAGCUUACGAACGAGUUCCAAGUGAUCAUGGUAAAUGGUGGGUUCCAGCUCAAUGGUUUUCAACAUUGGCCAUUAAAGCACGUAAAGAGGGUCGCAUAAAACAUGACAUUUUCCUGUAUCAAAUAUUAGAGGAACUUCAUAUUCAAAGAGGCUAUUGUGGAAUGAUGUUUGCUUACGAUUGGAUCUCAAUCCCUUUGGUUUACACACAGACAGUGACCAUAGCAACUUACACUUAUUUUCUGGCUACUUUAAUGGGUCGUCAAUAUCUUGAUCCAUCAAAAGGUUACCAAGGUCAUGAGGUUGACCUUUACGUUCCUGUUUUCACAGUUCUCGAGUUUUUCUUUUUCAUGGGUUGGUUAAAGGUUGCUGAACAGCUGAUUAAUGGCUAUGGAGAGGAUGACGAUGAUUUUGAUCUUCAUUGGUGCCUUGAAAGAAACACGGUUCUCUCUUAUCAUAUUGUUGACAAUAUGUAUUCAAAUAAUCCAAGAUUGACAAGAGACAAAUUCUGGGAUGAUCCAAAGCCUGUCUUACCUCACACUAAAUCAUCAUUAUACUUUAGAAGAGCACCUUUCCUGGGUUCAGCAAUGAAUUUAAACCUUGACCCUGAAGAGGUUGAAAUAGUGACAAUGCCUCCAAUCGACGAGGAAGAGGUCGACCAAAUGUAUACCUCGACUCCAGCUUCACCCAACUUGGUUGAGGCUGAAGGCAAUGAAGGUAAUACUGGACGUACAAACGAACAGGGGAAAAAUGAAAAGGACAACAAAGAAGAAGUUUCAUCAAGGCAUCGAUUUCUUCCCAGUUUACGUCCACCUGGCAUGAGAAUUGGUCAAUCGUGUGAUAACGUCUCUAAAGGUCCAUUUAAUAGACCUGCGCAUAGUGAGAAAGGUGGCUUUCUUUCCAUUUUUCCUCCCUUUUUACUGGAAACACCGCCACAGAAACGUAAUCGAACCAUUUCGCUUGCUGAAUCUAUGAAUCGUAAUUGUAUUAAUAUGCAUGAAAUGGCUGGACGAACUGGUCGAACAGGAGGAGGAACCGAUACUCCAGUUAAUAAUUACCAUUCAGCUCGAGUUGGUCUUCCAGUUGUACAUAGUGAUAUUGGUGUUCGAAUGGGCGUUUUAGGUUCAACUGGAUUAUCGUAUCCUGGUAAUAAUGAACUAAAUGGACCGUCAAGUGCCAGUGGUUUAAUGUUUCGUCCUUCACCCACAAUCGAUACCAUUUCACGUAAAGACUCAGGUUCAAUUGAUAUUAGGUCUAUGAAUGAUGAAGACUUUAAUGGGUCCAGUAAUGCAAUUUCAGCGUCUUCAUCACGUUAUCGUUUAGCUUCAAUUGAGGCCAAAGAAAACGCUCGUUUUAAUCAAAGUUUCCUCAAUGGACCGAAAACGCCAGUCAAUGCAUAUUUUCCAAGCCAUUUAAGUUUACCCAUUCAACCUGAUUCGCCUGAACUUGAGCAAGUGGUCAAUAAAUUGUCUGAAAUAACUUCAGCAUUGCCAAGUAUUGAACCAGGUUCACCUACAUCAGUCAAUGAAAUUUCCCGACGCAAUUCAAAAGUUCACUCUGUUGCUGAAGAAACUGAGCUUGAUGAAGAUGAAAAGGAUAUCGAUGAUGAAACUACAAUUCGAGCUAAAAUAAUUGACAAGGAAUCGGCAAAAAAUAAUGAUAAUUCUGGAAACAAUCGAUUAACAAUUGAUUCAGGUUCAUCAUCUGAUUCUACUUCGUCUCAAGACAGUUUCUCUCCCUUUGCAUCCAAUGAAGGAACAGUAACAAGUAUGACGGAAUUACUUGCUUUAGAGAAAAAGAUGGAACAGAAGGAAAAAUAUUGAUUAAUUUAUUAAUUGUAAAUAGUUUUGUUGAAUUUCCAAAGAGUCAUAAUGAUUUACAAUUUUUCUUCAAUUAUAUGGUUAAAAUCCUUGAGAAAUUAGGAUUUUCAAAGUGAUAAAUUGCCUCUAAAGCCAUUUAACUUUUUUAAUGAAUUAACCUAAAGCUAUUCACCAAAUUUAACAUUUAAUUCCACCGCCGUCAUCAUCAUGUUUUCAUUGUUAUAUGAUCACAUUCACUGCAAUUACUUUGGGCUCGUCUGUUAGAUCAAUUUUAAUCAACAAACGGGAACAUGCGAUUAAAUUUUGUUUUGUUUUUUGGAUCUUCUUCAAAAGAAACUCUCAAUCCAAGAAACAUCUUGUAAAUUCAUCAAAUCAAAUAUUAUUCCCAUCAUUGUACAUAAAUUUGUCAUUCAUCAUCAUUGUUUAAAUCAUUAAUCAAUUUUUAACUCAAUUGCCAAUCGAACUUUAUUCGAGUCAUUAAAUCUUGAAAAUGCUACUCAAAACGUCCAAGCAUUCCAAUCAUUGCAAUAUUGUUGGCAAUAAAAAUAGUCAUUUAUCUU